GUUUGCUUAGCAUCUGUGAUUUUCCAUAACAAAUUUUUGAAUUGUUUUGGGUAACGUUGAUAUUUCGGUUCUAGUUACAUCAAUGAAAAUCGUUAAGAAACGAUAUUCCUCAUCUUCGAAUAAUCAUUUUGUUAUAUUUUGCUGUGAUUUCUAUUUAUUUUGAUGAAUAAUAAAACGAAGAGAAUGGAUUCGAAGGAUAAUUUGGUUUGUGCAUCGGAGAUUAUUCCUGAUCGAUUAUAUUUUGUAACGUUAGCAACGAAUGAGAAGCCAAAAGCAACGGGCAAAAGUCAUUAUUUUAAUGUGGAUAAAGAAUUUGUAUAUGAGAGUUUUUAUGCGGAUUUUGGACCUUUAAAUUUAGCAAUGUUGUUCAAUUAUUGUCAAAAAGUGAAUAAGAAAUUACGUUCGGUUAAUUUAAUGAAUAAAAAAAUUGUACAUUAUACGACGGUCAAUCCACAAAAACGUGUUAAUGCAGCCUAUUUAAUUGCAUCGUAUGCGAUAAUAUAUUUAAAUAAGACGGCUGAGGAGAUUUUUAAAAUAUUAACCGCUGGUGAUAAUCCGCCAUUCAUUUUAUUUCGUGACGUAUCGUUUGGGAUGUGUUUGUAUCAAAUUUCAUUGUUAGAUUGUCUUAAUGCUGUCUAUAAAGCAAAAAUGUUUGGUUUCUUUGAUUUUAAUAAUUUCGAUGUUAUCGAAUAUGAACAUUAUGAGCGUGUAGAAAAUGGUGAUUUAAAUUGGAUUGUUCCAAAUAAAUUUAUUGCAUUUUGUGGUCCACAUGCAAAAUCAAAAAUUGAGAAUGGUUACGCAUUUCAUGCACCCGAAUCAUAUUUCUCAUAUUUUCGACGUAGUAAUGUUACAACGAUUGUACGUUUGAAUAAAAAAAUGUACGAUUCGAAUCGAUUUCAAGAAGCUGGUUUCAUUCAUAAGGAUCUGUUUUUUAUUGAUGGGAGCACACCUAGUGAUAAUAUUUUGAAACAAUUCAUAAGUAUUUGUGAGGCUACAGAUGGUGCAGUCGCUGUUCAUUGCAAAGCUGGACUUGGACGAACAGGGUCAUUAAUUGGGUGCUAUAUAAUGAAACAUUAUCGAAUGACAGCAAAGGAAACAAUUGCGUGGAUACGAAUUUGUAGACCUGGAUCAAUUAUUGGUCAUCAACAAAAGUGGCUCGAAAGCAAACAACAAAAAAUGUGGGAUGAAGGUGACACAUAUCGGAAAACGCAUGGAUUGCCUGGACCGAUAAAACAUCGUGUUGGUAUCUACUAUUUAAAUGAAGCAAAAGAGGAUGAUGACACCCCUCAAUAUGUGAUAUUAAAACCAUCCUCACAGAACGAUAACGUGAAUCGUAUACUCCAGAAGGUCGAUACAAUGAAACUAAACGAUUUCGAUGAAGAUCAAGUGAAUCAUAAUGAGAUACAAGAGGAUUGUGAAGGCACACAAGGUGAUAAAUUGAAUAAGAUCAAAGCGAUGCGUCGUGCUAACAAACAAGCCCAAGCUGCUACCCAAGCAAAUACAAAAAAUAAUUCCAGCGAACGGACCAAAUCUUCAACGACUGAACAAUCGGUCGUUAUCGUUCAAACGAAAGAAGUUACUACAAAAAUUGCGGAAAAAAGUUUUCCACAAUUGGUACGUUGUCCAACAAAUCGUAAAUCAUUACGUAACAACAAUAACAACACAUCUUCAAGUCCAUUCCGUUUUAUAUUGGAAGAGACGACUGGAAAUACAAAACAAAAGAAUAACGAUAGUGGGACUUCCACAACAGAUGGUACCACUACAAACAACAAUAAUAAUAAUAAUAAUCGUAAUAUAACGACGCAGACAACAGCGUCUACAACUGCGACCACGGUUGUUCGACGUAUACGUAAAUGUAAAGACAUACUCACAUCAAAACCGUACACGGUAUGGCCAAGUCGUAACACAAACGAUAACGGUAAAAUAUUAACAACAAAACCGAGUAAACGAGCUUUAACCACCGAUAAAGAUAAGUCUGGACCACAAUGUGUAAAAAUUUUACGGCGAUCACGAACACAAAAUACAGCUUUGGUGGAGAAUGUUGUUGGCGGUGAAAAUAGUGGUGGUCUUAUAACGACUCGACGUCAAUCCAGUCCAAUUGUAACGUUGGAAUCACCGAACAAAACAAAAAUAUUACGAAAUAAACGGCUUACAGCACCAUAAAUGGCUUUGGUUAAGGUGUUUUUUUAUGUGUUUUAAUUAGGAUGUUGUACCAUAUUUUUUUAUCAUACCAACGAUGCCUAAGCCUAUCACAUAUUGUUUUCUAGAAAUAACUCGACUUUUUAUUAUUCGAGUCAAUCAAAUGUUAAGUUUGUAAAAUUUAAACAUUUUUUUUUUGUUUUUUGGGACGGAUAUAUCUCGUUUUCUUUUUUAAAAAAAAUAACAAUUAUGAUUAUUAAUUUUAUUAGUUAAGUCUCAUGAAACCGCGUUGCAAGAAAACUCGAAUCCCCCCCCCCUUCGAUUGUAACAUAUUUACGUUUCGGUUACUCAUUUUCUGGUUCGUUAUAACAAAGAAGAAUUAUGUAGUAAGAAAAGUCUCGAAUUACGAUCCGAAAAUUAGUAUCCGGAAUACUUUGUACCAGUUUAUUUUUUGUACGAUUUGAGUUGUUUAGAUUCGAUUUAUUUCCCUUGUAAAAACAAGCAGACUCGGAAUAAUAUAAAUUGCUUUAAAUUCUUCUUCUCAAACCGUACAAUAUUCAAAGGGGGAGGAGGUCAACGUUGAGUUUUCACAUUAAUUUCGUUUAAUUUUUAAACGAGAUUGUUGACGUAUUUUUUAGACUGCUUUAAACUGUUACAGUUUAUUUAUAUAUAUAAAAAAAAAGAAUUUAGUGAUGAGUACC